AAAAGAAAUUAGUGUUAUAUUAUUUAAAAUUGUAUUUAAAUUUGGUGAAAAAUUUAGUAGAAAAAAAAAAUGUCGGAAGACGAAGUGGAAAGUUUUGAGAUAACCGAUUAUGAUUUGGACAAUGAAUUUAAUAUUAAUCGUCCUAGACGAAAACUUACGAAAAAACAACAGAUGCUUGGCAUUUGGGCAGAUGACAGCGAUGAAGAUGAACUUUCAGCAAGACCAUCAUUCAAAACGUAUAAUAAAGGACCAAAGAAUUACACAGUUCCAGUUAAUUUUGUUGCUGGUGGUAUUCAACAAGCUGGUAAAACAACCGAAGAAAAAGAAGAUAAAGACAAAGAUGAAGACGAGGAGGAUGAUGCAAACACAACCCAAAAAGAUGAGGAAUAUUUUAAUAGUUCAAGCUCGGAGGAUGAGAAACCAAGUAAUUCUAAACAACGUGCAUCAUUUUCAAUGAACGUUGAAGGUGAUAUAGCUGGUUUACGUAAAAAGAGAUAUCAAGUGAAUCCUUCGUUUAUGAAAAGUGGUGUUGGUAGUUGGGAAGUACACACUAAAGGAAUUGGUGCAAAACUUUUACUACAGAUGGGUUUUGAACCUGGAAAAGGAUUAGGAAAACAACUGCAAGGAAUAAGUGCACCAGUAGAAGCUCACUUUAGAAAAGGUAGAGGUGCCAUUGGUGCUUAUGGUCCAGAAAAAGGACCCAAAGUUAUUGAAAAGAGGAAAGAAGAAACAGAAGAAACUAAAGAUUCUAAACCUAAAGUAUCUCAAUGGCGUAAAGGAGAUACAAUUAGUAAUAAGAAAAAAGUCAAAUAUUCAUAUCGUAGUGUUGAUCAAGUUCUAGAAGAUGGUAAAUUAAAACCAAAUAGGAAAGUUCCACUUUCUAGUGAAAUGAGUAGGGUUAAAGUAAUAGAUAUGACUGGACCUGAGCAAAGAAUUUUAAGUGGUUAUCAUGCGAUAGCUAGUGGUCAACAAUAUCCUGACGAAACUAUUCCAAGUGUUAAUAAAAAGGAUAAGAUCAAUUUUGCUUUACCAGAAUUGCAACAUAAUUUAAAUCUUCUGGUGGACAUGUGUGAACAAGAUAUCAUACAAAACGACAGAAGAGCUAGACACCUUAACGACAGGGUCGUAGCUUUAGAAGCAGAGAAAAAAAAUUUAUCCAAAGUUGUAGAUCAACAUGGACAACUCAUUGAUACUUUAGAAAAUGUUCUAGCAGUUGUCGAUAGAUUAAUGGACGAAACGAGUGAUAUAACGUUGCAAGAUAUUGCUGAUGUAUUUAAAAACUUGCAAGAGAAAUAUUACGAGGAAUACAAAAUGUACGAAUUGGGUGAUUUGGCAACCAGUUUUGUUGGUCCGAAAAUAAAGGAUUAUUUACUUUCUUGGAAUCCAUUGAUGCAACCUAAACAACCAAUUAAAUUGUUUGAACAAUGGAAAGAAAUUUUAGAAACUGGUAUGAGUCCACUUCAAACAAGGACGAUUUAUCCUUACGACCAUCUUGUAUGGAAUGCUUGGAUGCCUUCUAUCAGAGGAGCUGUACAACAAUGGGCAUGCAGGCAACCAAAUCCUUUAAUAGAAUUAUUAGAACAUUGGAUACCAUUGUUACCUGGAUGGAUUUUUGAAAAUAUUUUAGACCUGUUAAUACUUCCUAAGCUUACAUUAGAAGUAGAAGAAUGGAACCCACUCACAGAUACUGUUCCAAUACACACAUGGAUACAUCCAUGGUUACCAUUAAUGCGUAAUUGGUUGGAUACGUUAAUAUAUCCAAUUAUAAGACGUAAAUUGGGUUCUGCGUUAGGUGGUUGGCAUCCAUCAGAUAGAUCAGCAAGAUUAAUGUUACAACCUUGGUCAGAAGUAUUCGCUAAAGCUGACAUGGAAGCUUUCCUAAUUAAAAAUAUUAUACCAAAACUUCAAAUAGCUUUAUCCGAAUUUGUCAUAAAUCCACAUCAGCAACACUUAGAUCAAUGGAAUUGGGUGAUAGAAUGGAAAGAAUUAAUACCAGCACACAUAAUGGCUAAUUUACUUGACAAAUUUUUCUUCCCUAAGUGGGAACAAGUAUUAUCAUUUUGGUUAAAUCAUUCUCCAGAUUAUGAUCAAGUUAUGAAUUGGUAUAUGGGUUGGAAGGGUAUGCUCAGUGAUAAAUUAUUAGCUGAACCAUUAAUAAAAGAACAUUUCAAGAAGACUAUAGAUAUACUAAACAGAGCAAUAAAUGCACCACCAAGUCAUCAACCAGGAACUAUGGAUCAAGUUUCGUAUUUGAACAAUUUGGAGAGGACUCAAUCAACGAUGAUGUCACAAAUGCCAUCCGUGGUACAACCAAGGAUAGAGAGAUUGGCAGAAGCAGUGAGAAUAGCAGCACCCCAAAUUCAUUUAGGUUUUAAGGACCUCAUUCAAAGGAAGUGUGAAGAACGUGGAAUACUUUUCGUGCCUAUUCCAAAUAAAUACAGAGAAGCUAAACAAGUUUACAAAGUGGGAAAUGUACAAGCAUAUAUAGACGGUAAAAUGAUCUUCGUUUAUCACAAUGGAGCCAAUUGGACGCCGACGAAUGUUAAUGCCUUGCUCGAUAUGGCAGAACUUUAGAUAGAAGAAAACUUGUUUUAAUUUAUUUCCAAACAAAAAAAUACUAUCUUUAAUGAUACAAAUAUUUUUUAAUAAUAUU